CGUCUCUCUGCCCUUUAGAUCUAAGAGGUUGCUUUGCUCUCUCUUUGCGUUUUGCUUGUCUCGGUCUCUUUCGAGCUCUGCGCCUGAAUUCAAGGUCGAAAAUCGCUCAAUUUCGAUCCAAUUUCAUCAGAUCUGGAGAAAAUUUGAGGGAUCCAGUAGUUGUAAGGAGCAACUCUCUCUGCUCUCUGCAUUGAUUGUAGUGGAGAUAAUAAACUGCAAUGCGGGGAUAUGAAGGAGAUGAGUUUGAAGAUUAUGAUGCAUAUGAGGAGGAAGGAUAUGAACAAGAGGAAGAAGGCGAGGAGGAGGAAUAUGAGGAGGAAGAAGAGCAAAAGCCAAGUGCAGAGGCAAUUGAAUAUCUUGAAUUAAGGGCACGAAUUAAAGAACGAAUUAGGAAGAAAAUGCAAAGGGAAAAUGGUUCUGCUGUUUCCAAAUCCCAGGAGAUAAAGAAGAAACUUUCUUCCGAUAACUAUGGAUCAUUCUUUGGCCCUUCUCAGCCUGUUAUUGCCCAAAGAGUAAUUCAAGAAAGCAAAUCAUUUCUAGAAAACCCACAUUUGGUAUCCAGAGUUUCAAAUUCCCACCAUGUCAAGAAGACCUCUUCUUCAAGCGGCACAGGUUCGAAGAAUGGAGUUCAUCAGCCAAUAUCCAAAGUCAGGAAUGAGCUAAAAACAAAAGUUCAGAAACUUAAAGAUACAAGAGAUUACUCCUUCCUGUUAUCUGAUGAUGCAGAAAUACCGGCUCCUCCUAAGCAGUCAGUACCUCAAAGUGUUGCUGCUCCAAAAUCCGAGGCACGAUCUGCACAAGUUCCACAGAAGAGUAAACAGCAUUCAGGCAGUAGCGUUAGAGAUACUCGUGGUGUUCAUGAAGAAAGGAAAUCAACUACUGUCAAUGGCCAAAUGCAUUCUAAAUCAGGGUUGUAUAAGUCAACUUCUACCUGCAAACCCACUUCAACAUUGAUAAACUCGAGAAGGCAGCUUGGUAGCAACAAUGGUUCUGGGCCUGGCCGGCCUACAGCGCCAAAAAGCUUGCCUUCAAAGAUGCCUCCUAGCACUGUGGAGAAGAAGUCCUUUGUACCAGGUGCAAAAACAAUCCUCCCUGCUGCUCGCAAACCUAUCCCUCCAAUUAAGCAGUCAUCUAUUCCAAGGCAACCAGUUGAACAGAGAAGGGCAUUACCAGAACCCAAGAAGAAUAUAAUGAAGCCAAAUAAUUCAGUGGUGUCUUCAAAAUCUCAGAUAAAUAGGCCAGUCAAGCAGAUUCCAUCCCAUGCAUCAUUGAAAAAUAACCUUCCCAAGAAAAAGCCUGCCAGACCGUUCUGUGAUGUUGAAGAUGAUGACGAUUCAAAGGCGCUUGACAUGAUUAGGCAAAUGUUCAAUACGAAAAGGUAUACUGAUCGCUAUGAUGAUGAUGACGAUGAUAGUAUGAUGGAGGCAAACUUUGAUGAUAUCAUGAGGGAAGAGAGAAGAAGCGCAAAAAUAGCAAAGGAGGAGGAUGAGGAGCAACUACGCCUGAUAGAGGAAGAGGAGCGGCGAGAACGACAGAGAAGAUUGGCAAAGAAGCGCAAGCUGAGCCAACAUUGACGGACCACCUAUUGUCCAUAUCCCUUUUCCUUUCUUUUUUAGUUCUGUUUUUUCUGUUCUGGCGAAGUCCCAACCAGUUCUGCAUCAUCCCUAUGAUAGAUGAUGUGUGUGGGUUCUCCCUGCGAUAUGGGACUUGCAAUUACAUUCGAAAUGUAGGAAUGAAUUCGCCAGUUCUAGGUGCAAUUUAAUUAUAGAUAAAUAACAAGUGCAGGUAUUUUUGGCA